GAUAUUUUCCAAGCAAAGCAACCCAAUGAAUCAUGCUACCAGUAGUAAAGUCCUUCCUUCAUAGAAUCAUAGUCAUAGGCUGAGUCUGCCAUGGCUUCUUUCCCUUCCAUUGCUGUCACUGCAACUCUUAAGCUCCACCCACAAUUCAGAAAAUACCCGCCAACCUCCUUUACCGUAGAGAAGAGUCAAAGCAUUUCUUUGCAGAAAGGCCAUUUGGAUCCCAGCGGGUAUCUGAAUUUUCGGGAAGAACUAAAAGAGGGGACAGAGGAGUUGGAGUCAUCUUUCUACGUUCCCUUGUUGCAAGAAUGCUUAGACAAGUGUUCCAUUUCAGAUACAAAUAUUGUUCACGGUCACGUCAUGAAAACGGGUACCCAUGAAGAUGUUUUUGUCAUGACAUUUCUGGUCAAUGUUUAUGCCAAAUGUAAGAGCAUGGAGGAUGCUCGCAGAGCCUUUGACAACAUGCCCAGAAGAAACGUGGUCGCGUGGACCACGUUAAUGGGGGGUUAUGUGCAUAACUCACAGCCAAAGCAUGCAAUCCAUGUGUUUCAAGAGAUGUUACAUGCUGGAAGUUAUCCUUCCAUUUACACUCUUGCUAUAGCUCUAAAUGCUUGUACAUCCCUGCAAUCUUUUAAGUUAGGGGAUCAGUUCCAUGCUUACAUAAUCAAAUACCAUGUUGACUUUGACACUAGUGUUGGCAAUGCACUUUGUGGUUUGUACUCCAAAUGUGGCAGGUUGGAAUUGGCUCUUAAAGCAUUUAGGAGAAUCAAAGAAAAGAAUGUUAUUUCGUGGACUUCUGCUAUUUCCGCUUGUGGGGACAAUGGUGAAGCUAUGACUGGUUUAGGAAUUUUUCUUGAGAUGCUUUUUGAGUACAUACAACCUAAUGAGUUCACCUUUACUAGUGUCUUGGGUCAGUGUUGUGAAAUUCAGUCUUUGGAACUUGGGACUCAGGUUCAUUCGUUGUGUACUAAAUUUGGCCAUGAAUCAAACCUACGUAUCAGGAAUUCUUUAUUGUAUUUGUAUCUCAAAUGUGGUUGUAUUGGGGAGGCGCAAGUGUUGUUUAACAGAAUGGAUGAUAUGAGUUUGGUUUCGUGGAAUGCUAUGAUUUCUGGACAUGCACAAAUGAUGGAACUCACAAAGGAUAAUCUUUCUGCAUGCCGAAGUGGAUAUGAAGCACUCAACAUUUUUUCCGAAUUGAAUCGGUCAGGCAUGAAACCUGAUCUAUUUACUUUCUCAAGUGUCUUAAGUGCCUGUAGUAGAAUGGUGGCUUUAGAGCAGGGGGAACAAAUUCAUGCUCAGAUCAUCAAAACCGGGUUCUUGUCUGAUGUUGUUGUGGGUACUUCACUGAUUAAUAUGUACAAUAAAUGUGGAAUCAUUGAGAGGGCAACCAAAGCAUUUCUAGAGAUGUCAACUAGAACUAUGAUAUCAUGGACUUCCAUGAUUACAGGUUUUGCACUGCAUGGCAAGUCACAGCAAGCAUUGCAUCUUUUUGAGGAUAUGAGACUGGUAGGAGUUAGACCAAACCAGAUCACUUUUGUGGGUGUUUUAUCAGCAUGUAGCUGUGCUGGCAUGGUUAGUGAAGCACUCAAUUACUUUGAGAUUAUGCAAAAGGAAUAUAAAAUUAAGCCUGUGAUGGACCAUUAUGCUUGCUUGGUUGAUAUGUUUGUGAGGCUCGGUCGGUUGGAGGAAGCUUUGAAUUUAAUUAAGAAAAUGCAUUAUGAGCCUAGUGAGUUUAUUUGGUCAAACUUGAUUGCUGGUUGUCGAAGUCAUGGGAAUCUGGAAUUGGGGUAUUAUGCUGCUGAACAGUUAUUAAGUCUUAAGCCAAAAGAUAGUGAGACAUAUGUAUUAUUGUUGAAUAUGUACCACUCAGCUGGGCGAUUUGAAGAUGUUUCUAGGGUGAGGAAGAUAAUGAAAGAGGAGAAAAUUGGAAAAUUAAAGGAUUGGAGCUGGAUUAGUAUCAAAGACAAAGUGUAUUCAUUUCAAACCAAUGACAAGGCUUACCCACAGAGUUCACUAUUAUGUAAAUCAUUGGAGGAUUUACUUGCUAAAGCAAAGAAUCUUGGAUAUGAGAUGCUAGAAUGUAUGGAAAUAAGUGACGAAGAGGAGGAGGAAAAGACGUCCUCCCCUACCAUUUAUCAUAGCGAGAAGCUGGCAAUUACAUUUGCUUUGGAGAACUUGCCAAAUUCUUCCCCAAUAAGAGUUGUCAAGAGCACCUUAAUGUGCACGGAUUGCCAUAAUUUUAUUAAGUACGUCUCAACACUGACUGGUAGGGAAAUCAUCGUUAAAGAUAGUAAGCGGCUUCAUAAAUUUGUCCAUGGACAAUGCUCCUGUGGGAAUUUCGGUGGUUUUCUCUGAUAUUCUCGAAGCAGUAGCAGCUACAUGAGUUAGUAAUCAAAAAGCUGACCAUCAAAAGCUAAUACAUUCUUUACACCUCUACAAUUACUAUUGACACAUUAUUGAUUAGUUUUAAAUUGUUAUGGGAAGUUAGCUUUUAAAUUGUGAUUAUAGCUUCCUAAAAAUAUAGAAUAGCACGUAUUGC